AGGAACAAAAAAAACUAUUCAAAAUAUUGUUAUUUAGGAAGUCAAAAUUAUUGUGGAAUAUAGUAUGUACAAUGAAGACGAUACAAAAUUUAAUUUAAAAUGGGGUCCUAGCGUAUUUCUUACACGAAUAUAUGGCGUAUCAAUUCGAAUUAACGAAUUGAGGAUAAAUCUACAGUAGUUUUAUAAAAAAUAUUUUUGAAAAAUGGACUUCAGAUUAUUGUGGUUUGUAAAAUGCAUAAACAACGUUUUUGAGAUUGGAACUGAAAGAGAGACUGUAAAACUGUUUGGAGAAACUCUGAACAAAGACGAAGGAUUAUUAAGACAGCAAUUUAUCCAAUACCUCGAAUCUUCGACAGUAAACAGAAAUAUAAACACAAAUAUAUUUUAUAUUUAUACAACUACGGUAAAAAAGGUCAUCAAAGAGGAGAUUGAAGUCGAAGAAGAACUGUCUGAACUCGAAAUUCAAUCGUUAAGAGAGUCUGAUGGUAAAAAAAAAAAAAAAAAACAUCAAGAUAAGAAGAAAAAGAAAAAAAACGUUCACAGAGAAGACACAUUAACUAGUGGCGACUCGCCUGCAACAGACACUGACAAUGAAUCAGAUGAAGGAAAAUCUAGAGAUGGUUAUUCUAGUCCAGAUACUGCUAUACAAAUGGCUGAUGAAGGUGGAGUAAAAAAAUAUUCUGAAAAAUUAUUUAAAAGAGUAAAAGUGAUUCAAGAAAAAAUAAUUACAUUACCAGAACUGCAUAUUCAUUUUGGAUGUAUGAUUGGAAAUCUUAAUGCAGAUCUCAGAUAUUUGUAUUUUGUUAAAAAUACAAACUCAAUUAUUCCAGUUUAUGAUUUAGAAGAAGAAGCUGAUUUUUAUAUGCCCAGUCAAUUUUUAAUUGGUAAUAAAGGCGGAUGUUUAAUUAAAUCCAUGGAAAAAGAAUUAGAAAAUAUCUGGGUACCAUCUGUAAAAAAACUUUUAAUUGAUCCAUUUUUACACGACUGUGUUACUACUCGCACUGAAAAAAAUAUUAUUAAAACAUUGGCCUCUGCAAGUAUACCAUCAACGUUUGUACGAAUAACUCGUGAAAUUAAAGCUCAACAUGAUUAUGAAAUUCUUAGCGGAGAGCGUCCUGAUGAUUAUGAAAAGAGACUUGAUUCAGUCGACUUGGAAAAAAUUAUAUCACUACGCGAACUUUUUAUUCUUGAGCCAUUACCACUGUACGAUAUAAAUAAAUUGACCUCAGCAGAACCAUUGAAACAUAACUUUUUAAUUGGAUUGCAAUGCUUAUUAGAUAAAUUGAAGUGGACAAUAGAUUACAUGUUAAAAAGACAAUCAUUGAAAGCCACUGAAUAUUUGAGUGGUCUUACCAAAGACAAUGUAGAAGAAAUAGCUGAAGCUCUUGAAAAAACUCCCGCUAUGAUUCUUCAAUGUGUAAAUAUACUAGAAAAUUGGAAUUCAAAAAUGAAAAAUCUUUGCUCUAGUAUUUUUGAGUUUCAAGAGCGAGAGACUAUUCAGUCAGAGUUUAAUUUUUGGAAAAACAGCGAAGCAUCAGUUAGAUCAAUUAUAGAUGAACUUGAAUCUGAAGAUACGAAACUAUUUCUUUACGUAGUUGAAAAAACAUCAAACUGUACACAAGCAAUUAAAAACAUAUGGGAUGAAUUUAAAAUUGUUAAAUUACAAUUUCUGCGUUCAUGUGGCAUAGCAAAAGACAAUUUAAAAUAUGUUUCACUCAUAAUGGAACACUAUAAGGAUUUUAUAUCAGCAGAUUUUAAUACAAUAAUUAAAAUUAUACCUAUUUGGUUCGAUGAUUUAAGAACUAUAUGGGUUUUAUCACCAUAUUUUGGUAAAGACGUAAAUAUGUUAAGAUUGCUUUUACAAAUUUCAAAUGGCUUAUGUGAAAACGUUGGACGAAAUUUAGGUGACUUAAAAUCAAUUUUCAAAAAUAAAAAUAUUGAAGAAAUAUCAGAAAUGUCUUUUAAUGCUACAAAAAUGUUGGAUGUUUGGUCAGCAAAAUAUUUAGAAACUAGAAAAUCUAUUGAAAAAUCUAAAUUCCAAAGAUGGGAGUUUGAUAAAUGUGUGUUGUUUAACAAAAUAGAAUAUAUUAAACGUAUAGCAAAAGAUAUUCAUGAAAUAGUGGUCACAAUUAAUCAAUUUUUGAACAUUUUGGGUCCAGAAUUAAGAUCAGUCAUUAAAGAUAUGAUUGGUUUAGAUGUUAUGAUAAGUAGGGUUAAAUCUCUAUACAAAGUUUUUGAUGCAAUCGAUUUUGAUUUAUUUUGUGAAGAUAAUGUGGAAAAUUGGAAUUUAUUCUUAAAAGAAUUUCAUUUGGAAGUAUUAAGAGUUGAAGAAGAAUGCAAACUUUUUAUUGACUGGUGUUUUAAUAAUUUAAGGUCAUGUAAAGAGGCGUAUUUAAUUUUGGAAAGGCUUCAAAAGUUUACUUCAAGACCUGUUUUCAAAGAGCAACUUAAAACCAAGUAUGAAUCAAUUUUGAGACAGUAUGAAAAUGAGUUGACAACAAUUGAAACAUGGUUUUUGACUCACCAAAAUACCCCACCAGUUUCUCGACAUCAUCCUCCAAUUUCUGGAUCUAUAUUCUGGGUGCGAAUGUUAUUUGAUAAAAUUAAAGAACCAAUAACUGUUUUCCAAUCAGCCAAUGAAUUUAAUAUGCCUUUAAAAUUUAAGGUUGUAGAAAUGUAUGAAAGUAUUGUUGAUCAAAUGAAAUGCUAUGAACGGUUAAAACUAAUUGACUGGACAAAUAAAGCAAAAUUAUUAGCUGUACGCCAAAUGGAUACCAACAUACUUGUUUGCAUUGGAACAAAACAUAAUGCAGAUCAAUGUCAUACUGAAAGUAAUGCACCUAAAAUUGAAGAUUUAAAAGAUUGGUUAAAGUGUUCCAGAAAAUCAAAUCAAAUACUAUCUGAUAAUAAACUAAUGUUCAAAACCAAUUUUAAUGAUCAAGUCUAUGAGUUGAUUGAAGAAGCAGAGAUGAUGGAAAACUUGGGAAUUGUUUUACCUAGGGAGAUACAAAUGUUAUUAGCUAAGAAAAAUAGUUUACUGGGUGACAUAAUGAAAGUGAAAAAUAUGGUUAAUACAUACAAUACAUUUAUUUCUUCUAUGAGCAAUUUAGAACUUGCCAUAUUAAAACACAAAUUGAAAGAUAUUGAAGAUUAUUUUUACAUGGGUCUCUGUCGUUAUAAUUGGCUUUCAAUAAGUAUAGAUACAUUUACAAUCCAUGGGUUGAUUUUAAUAAAUAGGACAAAAAAUCAGUUGAUCAAUAUAAAAAUAGUUGAAUCUUAUAUAUCAAAAUUGAUAACAUCGUUUGAAAAUAUAAAUUUAUUUCCAUUGAAUAUUUUAUUCGAUAACGAAUCGACAGUAAUUGACAAAAUAUUACCUAUAAGUUAUGAACGGUUUGGGUUUAAAGAAUUUCGCCAUAUCAUUAACAGUUACCAAGCAAUUUCAAAAUGUUUAAUACGCCUAGAACUAUAUUUAUUUGGUACAAAAAGUGGUACAUGUAAACCUAUGUUUGGGUUAUAUUUAAGUUAUAAUAAUAUGAUACUGAAUUCUAUUUUUAAGAUGUAUUUGAACAACUUGGAUUAUUACAAUAAUACUUUAUUAAGUGACAGAUCACUUAUCAAAUUGACAGUAAACAUAACCGACCAAGAAAUUACCAUAGUUCCUAAUUUGUAUGUCACUUAUAAUAACAUUUUAAGAAUUGUAACAAAGUGUUUGACAUGGUUGAAAGUUUUGCCUGUUUGGCAAAUAGAAUCAUGUAUAUAUUGCUUGACGGAAGAAAAUAAAUGGAAGAAUGAGAACAACAAGAAUACAGUGUAUGAAGAAAUAAUAAACAAUAAAGCUAUUCUAGAAAAAAUUGAAGUUCUCCGUAAAACUUCCCAUAGUCUAAUGGUCGAUGUGAAUAAAUAUUUAAAAAAAUGGAAACAAUUCAAAUUCUUAUGGAAAGGAUCAAAAAUAAAAAAUAAAGGAUUUUCAACUACAGAUACAUCUAUUCAGGAUUAUGAAAACAUUUUUAACGACUUAAAACGACUUCUAUUAUAUUUUUCAACAAUGUCAUCACACAAAAAGAUACAAUGCAUCGAGUUAGAUCUCAGUCCAAUAAUAAAUCAAAUGAAACUAUACACCCGUGAAUUGAUAUUAUAUUUUGCUGAUCAAUUAAUAAAAUCUACAAGAAAAAUGAUGCAUCGUCAAGGGGAUAAAUUUGACACUUUUAAAAUACUGACGAGCGAUGAUAUAAGAAAUAGCGAAGAUUUUUACAAUACUCUUUAUAUAAUAGAAGAGAUUAGAACAGAACAAGUGAAUGUUGAGAUAUUUUUUCAAAACUUAAACCAUCGUAUUUAUAUUUUGGAAGAAAUGGGAGUUUUUAUGCCUAAUGAUGAUCUAACAUAUAUUUCAUAUAUCCAGGACGACUGGACAAUGUUACAACAUAUUGCUUCAGAAAAGAAAUUAUUUUUAGAAAAAGCUAAACUCAUUUGGUCCCAUACUGUUAAAAUCAAUAUUGAAAUGUUUUCAGUUAGUGUUGACACAUUUUUAGAAAAAUAUGACCAGUGUGGCUUAAAGAAAAUUAAGGAUGACUUAGAUUUAGGACUUAUCUUAAUGAAUGAAUAUGACAGCAAAUUUACUGAUUUCAUGAAAAAUAAAGAAAAAUUAGUUAAAGAGGAAGAACUAUUUAAUUUAAAAAUAUUAAAUACAGAUCGAUUUGAUAGUUAUUAUUCUGAGUUUCAAUACAUGAAACUAGUAUAUUCCUUGUUUGAAGCACAAAAGUCAGACAUUGAAAAGUGGUCAAACAUAUCAUGGUUUGAGAUUGAAAUAGAAUUUGUUCGUGAAGCAUUUGGUGCUCUUAUGCUAAAAUUUAAGACUUUACCUGUCUUAGCGCAAGAUACACACCCAGCAAAAAUUUUAGCAAACUAUUUAAAGGAAUUGAGGCAUAGUGUACCAAUUUUACUUCAGUUAAAAAAUGAGGCUUUUAAACCUAGACAUUGGAAAGAAAUGUUAGAUACUAUUGCAAUUGAUGAAAACAGAAUUGAACAAAAAUUGAGAGAAAUAAAUGAACGGUGGAAUACAAUGAGUCUAAACAUAGAGAAAUUCUCUAAUGUAAUUUUUCAUAUUGAACAUAAAUUAUGUGGAGUCCAUUAUGUGUUGCAAAUAUUGGAAGAUGAUCAAAUUACAAUGCAUAAAAUGAUGAACUCAUAUUCAGUUGAACCAUUUUUAGAAAAAGUUGAAACAUGGCAGAAACAUUUAUCAACCGUGAAUGAAGUUCUAAAUAAAUGGUGGUAUGUACAGCAAAAAUGGAUUUAUCUCUCAGAAAUAUAUGCUGGGAAAAACAUAUUAAAUAUUUUACCCGAAAAAGCUGAGAAAUUCAAUGAAUUGAACAAAUUCUACCAAGAGGUAUUUGAUAAUAUCAAAAGUUUUAUUUACGAACUAAAAGAUGAAAGUCAUACAGUUAUAGCAAUGAAAACAUUUAAUGAUGAAGGGAACCGUUUAAGUAUGAAACAAUAUUUAAAGCAGUUGAAUACAAAAAUCAAUGAAAUAGUUAUACAAAGUAGAAAAGAAGUAUUGGAAAAUAAAAGAAACAAGUAUAGUUCUAUAAUAAUUUUAGAUGUUCAUCAUAGGGACAUUAUUGAAUCAUUUGUUAUAAAUAAUGUGACCUUUGCAAAAUCAUUUGAAUGGGACAGUGUAAUUAAAACAUAUUGGAUAAAAAGCAAGGACAAUUUAUACGUAUCUCAGUGUUCAGGGGUUUUUGAUUAUGGAUAUGAAUUUAUGGGAUCAACUAAGAACAUUGUUAUAACCCCAUUAACUAAUCGUAUAUUCUUAACGUUCACACAAGCAUUAAUGAUGUGUUUAGGUGGUGCAACUCACGGUCCUACAGGAACUGGUAAAACCGAAACUACUAUGGCUAUGGCAAAAAUUUUUGGCAAUAUAUGUAAAAUUAUUAACUGUAGUGAUGGGUUGGACCAUCAGACAUUUAGUCAGUUCUUAAAUGGAAUUUGCCAAAGUAGAAUUUGGGGAUUGUUUACUAAGUUUAGUAGAAUUUCUCAAAAAACAUUGUCUGUUAUAUCAACUUUACUAUUUUCCAUGAAAUGGGCACUAUUUGGGAACAAAAACGAAAACAAUUUUCAUGAAAAUAAUAUAAGUAUUAAUCCAAAAAUUGGUAUAUUCAUUACAAUGAAUAUUGAAGAAAUUAAUUUACAAAAAGAAGAAAUUGAUGAAAUAAUAAAAAGUCAUUUUAGACCAGUGAUUUGUCUUCUUCCUGAUUUUGAACAGAUAUGCUUCACUAUUUUAUACUCUGAAGGAUUUUUGGAGGCUAAAACUUUGUCAAAGAAAAUAGCAUUAUUAUAUAAGUUAUGUAAAGAUGGACUUUCAAAUCCAUUAAACUACACAUUUGAUUUAAGAUCUCUAAAAUUAGUCAUCAAGACUGCAAGAUACUUACUAACCAAUCAACCAGAGCUUGAAGAGAGUUUAGCAAUAAUGAAAAUAUUAAGAGAUUUAAACUUGCCUAAAUUAAUUGAUAAAGAUAUUGCUUUAUUUUUAUCAUUUAUAUCUGACUUAUUUCCAAACACCAAAUAUUUAAAAACAAAAGAUGCUGAUUUUAUCAAAGCUAUAGAAAUUGCUUUGAAGCGUGAAAAAUUUGUAAAAAUUGACACCCAAAUAGAAAAAAUCAACGAAAUUAUGGAAAUACUAAGAAAUAGGAAUUCAAUUGCAAUCAUCGGACCAACAAGUGGAGGGAAAUCUGUUAUAAUAAACGUGUUAUGUGAAACUUUAAAUCAUUUAAAAAUAUCGACGAAACUUAUAACGCUUAACCCUAAAGCAUUUACUAAAUUAGAGUUAUACGGUUAUGUAGAUCCAAUUACAAAAUCUUGGAAUGAUGGAUUAUUGACAAAUAUUUUUCGAAAUAUUAAUCAACCAAUUGUCCCUAAUAAUCAGUCCAACCAUUUUAUUUUGUUCGACGGUGAUAUAGAUUCAAUUUGGGUUGAUGACUUGAAUCCUGCCAUGGAUGAUAAUAGAAUGUUAAUGUUAUCAAAUGGAGAGAAAAUUAGGAUAAAACCACAAUGUAAUUUGUUGUUUGAAGUCGGCCACUUAUCAUAUUCAGCUCCAUCUACGAUAUCUAGAAUGGGUAUAGUGUAUGUUGAUCCCAGUAAUCUUGGUUAUAUGCCAUUUUGGAUACGAUGGUUAGAACCACGAAGUUUAAUGGAGCAAACAGCAUUGGAUCAAUGUUUUCAAAAAUACGUACCCGCGUUGCUAAAUUUAAUUUUUAAAGAUGGAAACGACUUGAAUAAAUCUUUCCCGCUAAAGACUGCUGUUUUUCAAACUAAAUUAAAUAUGAUUACUCAACUUUGUUUUAUUUUGGAUACCAUAUUACCUUUAGUUUCGUCAGACAAUAACGAUUCGAUUAAAGUCGGUCGUAAAAAAACUGCAAUGACUAGCAGUGAUAUUGCCAUUCCACUGACUUCAAUGAUUUCGUUUGUGGCUGGAAUGGGAGUGUUGGAAGCCGUUUUCAUCCAAGCUUUAUAUUUAUCACUGGGUACGUUACUAACUGAUGUGACAUCUCGUCACACGUUUGAUGAAAAUGUUAAAAAAUUAUCUGGUUUUGUGACUGCUUCAAACGCCCACGAACAGUCAAAACAACAACGUUUAAAAUACAUUCCAUCCGGUGAGCCUACUUGGUAUGACUAUUAUUUAGAUUUUUGUACGUUGGAGUGGAUAUCGUGGAAAAAGGCAGUCCCAGAGUAUAUUCAUAAUGAUACGAUUACAUUUGACGAUAUACUUGUUCCUACAGUGGAAUCUACUAGAUUAGUGUGGAUAUUAAAACUAAUAAACGAAUAUUACUUUAGAAGUGCAAUAUUUAAAAAGGUGUAUUUAUUUGUUUUUACAGGUAAAACGUCCUACGAUUAUAGUUGGUGA